AUGAAUUAAAAUUAUGAGAGGUAUGAUGAAAAUUUCUAAAUGAUCCAAAAACUUGAAGAACGCAAAAUUAAACAAAUAUUUUCUGAUAAUCUUUCAUUGUCCACGCCUGCAUUUAUGAACACAUCGCGCAAACAGACAGAUAUUCAAUAUAUUCAUAAGGAAAGAGCCAUAUUGGAUGUGCGUUUAACCAAUGUCAUUUAGCUUGAUCUUUGUCAAUUCCAUUAUAUUGAAGUGCCGUUAUCUGGGCACAAAAAGCCUCUUGUAAUUUGUACAAAUCAUGAUAAAUAGUAGAUUUCUAAUUCACCGAUUAAGCCAAAAUGAAAUUUUACAUCUCAAGUCACACCAUAACUCCAAACAGAUUUAACAAUGAGGAAUCUUUCGAAAGAAAACAAAUUCUUAGAUAUACAGAAUAAGGUGAGCACAUACUCUUCACCCAACGUUGUUUGUAUCUGGCAAUCUUUUCUCAAUAAGCUACCACGAUAUACGCCAAGGCUUCGUUCGGAAUAAAACCGUAAUAGCAGUAGAAAAUGGAAACGGAAUCCAAAUUAAGACCAUCCACAGGUUAUCAAUUCGCAAGGUCCUCUUAAUUCUUCUUCACAAGGAAACCCUCAAAGGAUAUGAUAUCACUAAACAAGAAUAUUGAAUAAUAUUAGCCUGACAAAAUUAAACUUUAGCAGAAUUUGAGAAGGGUUCAGUCAGCUCGGAAGCUAUCAGAGACUCUGCAUAAAAAAAAAUAAAUAUUCGAGGAAAAGAAAGAAACCUUAAAAGAGCGCUUUGAGUUCCAAGAGAAGAAAAAGAUAUUGAAGGAGAUCAUUCUCUACAGAAAUAAUAUAGAUAACUUUUUAAAGUUCCAAUAAAAAUUAUGGCUUCAGAAUCUGUAUUUCAUUUAAUUGGUGUCCAUAAUCAAAAAGAGAUAUUAUGUAAAAUCGAUCUUAUCUUUAGGAUAACAUCAUAUUUCAAUUUAAAUCCUCGAUUAAGAAAAGGAGACAAUAUAGAGUCAGAAAGGUGUUAUAAAGGAUGUUGCAAAAGUCUGGAAGAGACAUAUUUCAAAGAACUCUGUUUCAAGGGCUUCUGAUAUUAAGAAUGUUAUCGAAGGUUAAGGAGAAGGGGGCGAAAAAGAAGGCAAAAAGGAUUGUGCAUACUUUUAUGAUGAGUUAUGGAUAAAUUGGAGAGAUCUUUUAGAAAACUUAUCAAUUUAAGAGAAGAAUGAGGAAGAUCAUCGAGGUUUAUAGGAAUUACCGAAAGAAGGUCUAAGCCUAUGCGAAUAGGAUUAUCAUGCUUUGGAAUAAGUAUUGGAAUCAAAUCUAUAUGGAGAUAAAAAAGGAGGAUUAGGAAAGUAAUUUAUUAUGUUGAUUUCUAAAUUUUAGAAGUUAAAUAGAUUAAAGUUUAAAUGCAAAAGACAAUAAUUAACUAUCACAUUGAAGAGGAGAUUGUGAAAUCACCGUAUUUAGACAUGUAUUUUGAUAUAUAAAAUUGUUAGUAAGGUAUAAGGUGUAAUUGUAAAUAACUAUUAUAAGGAAAUAAAAAAUUUAUAUGUCAGGAAAUGGAGGGUUUUAAAAAUUAAAGUAAAGUCAUCUAAGUUUUAAACUUUGAUGGCCACUUAAGCAUUUGAUAAGAAGAAUGAAUUAUUAUUAUUUACUAUUGUAGAUAAAAGUGUUUUAAAAUAAUUAAUCUAUAAGUAUAUGUAAGAAAAGGGGAUGAUAUAAAGUUUAUUAUUAAAGAAAAAUUGA